CUGCCGUUGUUGGCAGUUGGCAGGUUGGCGCUCAAGAUAUUGUGGGGCUCUCUUUUUCAAGUUUCAAAACAAGACUCAGUUGUGAGGUAGCUUACGGAGAAGUCACACGUGAAUAAAAAUUGUUUAUUUGCCCGAAUUUGUUAGAAAAAUAAAAAAAUCUUACAAGAAAUGACCAAAACUUUAUCUUAACAAAAAAAUAAAAAUAAUAAUAAAAAAAAAUUCAAAGUAUUCCAUUGAUUUGAUCGUAACGGGACAGGUUUUCGUUGGUUUUCGCGUCUUGGAAUGCAUGUUGGUUUCAAAGUUGGGCUUAACUCAUUUUUUUUUUUUUUUAAUUUUCUUAUGUUUUUGUUUUGUAAAAUGAAAACUCCCUCCUCCGCCCGAUGUGUUCAUGUUUAAAAAAUCUGUGUGUAUAUUUCUCAACAAUUUAUUCGAAUUUAAAGCUUACUCGUACAUUCAAGUAAAAGGAGUUGUAGUUUGAUAUUUUAAAUUUUGUGUCUAUAAAGUGUUGGUUUUCUUAAUACAUUUUUUUGCCUGCGAAAAUUGCUGCAUUUUUGUGGUUAAUUGGGUUUAGUAUUCAUAAUUCAGUGACAACGAUUGAUUGGAUUAACUAGGAUAUUUGAAUUUCUAUAAACAUAAAAUAUACAAAGAUAUCGAGCCCAAAAACUUUAUCGAGAGACACAGAUACUUCUAAAUGAUAAUAACAAAAUCAAUAUUACAAACCAAAUACAUCGCAUUUUUUACCAGUGAAAGGGUCAACGAUACGUAGGCAUAACUGGUCCGGUUCGCCCAUUAAAAUUAACAAAAAAUAAAAAACAACAUAGUCAAGAUACAAAAAAAAAAUUAAUAACUUAAAAAAGCUGUGCGCUGUUCAUUAAAAAAAGCAACAUUCAAAAUCCAGAAUGGAAGCCGAGGAAAUCACAAAACUAGUUGAUGGAGUUUACAAGAAUAUUCUUGAGAAAUUUAACCCUGGUGCUAGACAAUUGAUAACUGCUGGGAAGGCGUACUUGAAGGCUUUACAUGGUGCUGCUUCAGCUUCAAGAAUGUUCAAUGAGGCGUUAGCAAAAAUUGCUAUGAAUGCCCAACAAAGUGGCACUGGAGAUAUUGGUUCAGCACUUAUGAAUGUAGUCACAGUGUACAAGGAAAUCCAAGAUCAACAGAUGAACAUUCUUAAGGCAUUUUAUGUUGACCUUCUCGUGCCAUUAGAGACAAACUUAGAAAAAGAUACAAAAGUCGUUCAACAUGAACAAAAGAAAUUUUUGCAGCAACAUAAAGUCAGAAUGGAAAGUUAUCAAAAGGCUAUAUCUACAAUGAAGAAACAACGUAAAAAAAAGAAUAGUCCUGAGAAUACAGAGAAAGAAAUCAAGAGUCUUCAACUUUUGGACGACCAAAAAAAGAAACUUGAUAACUUUUGCGAGCAGAGCUAUAAAAGUGCAAUGACACAAGAACGUCGUAGAUAUGGUUUUGUAUUGGAAAGACAAUGCUCGAUAUCGAAACAUUGGAUGGCUUUUUAUGCCCAUGGAAAGAGUGUCAUCGAAAACAAUUUAGAUAAUUGGCAAGAAGUUGCUUCUUCAAGAGAAGUUAUUCCCACAGUGUAUGACACUAACUUUUUAAGACGAAUGGAAAAACUAAAAGAGGAUGAAAGUCAUUCUGGUUCAUCAAUGCUGAAAAAAGCUAGAAGUGUAGAUGCCCCUUAUGGUGAUAUGAGAACACUCAACGAACACAAUUAUUCGCAAAAUUCUCUGCCUCGUGCCAAAUCAGACUUCAAUUUAACUGCUUCAGCAUCAAAUAUUAGCAAUGAAAAUUGGGAUCAAAGGCCCGUUGUUAAGGCUUUAUAUGCAUAUAUGCCAUCUGGAGAGAAUCAAUUACCAUUUGCCGAAGGUGAUAGAGUAGCUUUGGUCGGUUCAAAAGCCAAAGGUUGGCAAUUUGGUGAAAACUUACGAACCCAAAUGUUUGGAUGGUUUCCAAUUGCCUAUACAAAUGCCGAAAACAAUGAAAAGAAGCCCGAUCGCGACCGUGAUAGUAGUUAUGAGAAUGUACAAUUUGAUCGUAAUGGUAUGCGAAGUUAUCAAGAAUAUCUUGCAAAUCAUCAACAACAAGUAGAAACUGCUGCCGAAAGUGACUCUACAUAUCGAAAGAGAAAUAAUAGUGCAGAUGAAUCAUCACCAACAAGAAUGUUUGGUGAUACCAUCAUGUUUAGAAAUCAGAAGAAAUAUCGUGGUGUCACAGGAGGGAAUCCAAGGCCAGGUCCCCCACCAACAUUGCCAGCACCAGUGCCAUCGGGUAGCAAUUCCAAUCGAAUGCUAAACUUAUCGCAAAGCUUCUGUUUGCCCAAUGGACCUCCUUUGAUAGAGAGAAGAAAGCAUAAGAAUCAAAAUGGACCACCACCAACACAGCCAAUGAUGCAUAGUAACCAAAAGCAUCUGCGUGAGGGAACUGCCAAAACUUCAUUGCAUAGUAGUAAUGAUAGUGGUUUUGCAAACGAACCUCCGCCUCAACCAGAAGUUGAUUACUCAGAUGAGGAACAUUCAAAUAGAGUACCAAUAAGACGUCGAACCGAUGCUAGUUACAAGUCAUCCCGUGAAGUUAACUCCUGGACAUUAAGUAGAAACUUCAAAAGUGGCAUUGAUAACGAUAAAAAAAUUUCAACAAUACUCAGAAAACCCAUGAAACAAUCGGCAAGUUUUGAAAAUAUCAUUGCAAGUGAUGAUGAAAUUUUGAAUGGAGGAGGUAUAAAACGCACAAAGUCAUUUUGGAGAUUUGGCAAGUCGGAUGAGGUACUUGCCGGUAUGUCAUUAUGGCGUCACAGAGAUCUUGUCCAAUUACCUGAACCUGAAGUCGAUGAUAAAACAUUGGAAAGACUUCAGCCAAAAUUAGAAAAAUCACAGAGAUCUUCUACAGAUGUUUUAGAACAAAAUACUUCUUCCCGCCAAUCGGUAUCAUCAAAUGAGACAAAACAACGAAAAGAAAGUUCUUCAACUGUCGAGAAUUAUGAAGAAGAAAACAUUUACGGAAUUGCUCCAAUGAAUGAAGACACUAUUCAAAGAAAGUACAAUUCACAUCAACAGCAAAAGCAACAUCACAGUUUUCAAGAAAAACACAUGCCAAAAUCUAGAAUGAAGAUAAUGAAGACCAUUGAAAUCGACAUUGAAAACCCUUCAGAUGCAGAGCGGAUGAGUACUUUGAAGCAUGGCCAAACUAACGCCGAAUAUAGAGAGACUGCACAGCAAUCUGUCAGUAGAGCUCAUCAAAAACAAUCAAAAAUCCAGUCAAGUACUAGUUUAAGUAAUGGAAAAGUUGCAAAGAAGGUCAAUAGUAAAUCUAGUACUGGCAAGCAAAUUAUUCAACAAAAGAUCGCUACCAAGCCAUCACGUGAACAGCAGCCCUCUUCCGAUGAUAGUGAGGACAACGAUGAUGAUGACGAUAAUGGUACAUUGAAAAUGAGUGAUGUAAAUAAUUUUUUCGAUGACAUUGCGGCACAAGAAACUGGCAUGGUUAUGAAAACUGUCAAACGGCAGGACAUUCUCAAGCAAUAUUACACCAGUGAAGACGAGGAAUCUGAUGGCGAUGUAAAGUCAACAAGUUCUGAUCCAUAUGAUUGUAUAGUUAUCAAUGAUCAUUUAGUUCGCAAAGACGAAAAGAAUCGAAGGCAGUUGGUCAAUUCUUAUCAAAAACAAAUGGAAUUUCAGACUUUUAGAUCUGUUCCAAAGAAGUCAGUUGGUAAUAAUAGCUCGAAGCCUAGUACGCUAAACAAUAGCAGUGCUAAAAGUGAUGAACACAAGAGAAAUUCGGAAUCAUAUUUGGUGGAGUCAAAGACAAUUGGUCAAACAGCCACAAUUUUGCCACGUACUAGACUCAUGAAAUCUAGCAAUUUAACACUUGAGAAGAAUUUAAAAAAGAACAAGGACAAUAAUUCUAAUCUUAAUGCGGAAAAUGGGAAAAGUUUUUCAAAGACAUAUGGUCCGUGGUAUGAUUUUUGGGACCACCAGGAUCAACAAUCUGAAGACCAUUCGAUUCAAAAUUCAAAAAUUAUUAAGAAUUAAGUUUUUUACAUUUAUUUUAUUUUAUGAGAAUUUUGUAACAAAUUUAUUCGAAGUUAGUUAUUUCGCUGUAUAGCAGAAAUAUGAACAAGAAACUUUUACAGUAUUCAUGCAGUUGUAAAAGUCAUUCAAGUGUAACUUAGAUGUCUCUAUCUUUUUUUAUAUAAUCGUCAAUUAAUUGUUAUAUAAAAGAAUUAUUCAACUGUUUACUAACAACUUGACAUUUAUUUGAACAGUUUCAAUUAUUCGAAUGUUCUUUAUUAUUAGAUUAUCCUAUCAACAACUUUGAGAACAUCGUUUGUUUUUUUUUUUUUACAGUAAAUACAAUCUUUUAACGAUUAUUUAGUGUGCAAAAAACACAACUUUUGUCAAGCAUUUAAUUGAUUAAGUUGAAGAAAAGAUUUAAAAAAAGUUGCUCAUACACCACAGUGUCCAUUAAAGUUAAAACAUUAAAUGUGGUUAAAAAAAUGUAGUUUGAGAACAAUAUCACCAUAAAAACCGUGGUAAAUUAGUUUCAUGGCUGGUAAUUAGCGAAAUGAUUGAUUUCGAAUAUUUUUGACACAUAACUUUGGUAUUACAUCUUGACUCGAAAAGUUAUGACUCUUUCUGAAAUUCAACGAAUUUGAGGGAGUUGAAUAACAUGAUUUCUUACUCGUUCUUUCUUAUGGAUUUUUUUUAAAGAGUUAUACAUUUUGGGGUACCCUAUAAUAUCAGAUAAAUAAACUCACAUUAGACAUUAUAUAAAUAUUGUAUAUUAAAAUUACCGUUAGAUGCUUUUUUGUAUUAUGUAUUUUUCUAUUGUUUUUUUUCCUUGUAUAAUAUGCAAUAUAAAUAUUUUAUAUAUAUAAGUAAAAUUGUUAUAUUUGUUGUUUUGUAAUGCUUUUUGUUUUAAGCAAGUGCUAAAGUCUAUUAUUAUAAACAUACUUAAAUGAAACUUAUUCUACAUGCAGUGGUUAAAAUAUUAAAUUAAUUAAAUUUGGUCUAAAAAUCAAGUAUUCUUUAUGUUCUUUUAUUUUUCUAGAAAGGGAGGACGGUUUAGCAACAUUUAUAUAAAUUUCUGAUACCAAAAACCGUCCUAAAAGCUCAAUUUACAUCUCCCUGUCUCUCUCUACGCAUAAACACUAUAAGAACAUACAACACAAACAAAUUGUAAAGUUAUACAAAUUACCUCCCCGCAAAUAGAUUAAGCUCUUCCUACUCCAUUUCUCCAAUAAGGUUUGCCACAUACAAAUAUAAUAAAUACCUUAACUUGUGAUUUAUUAUUUUUUAAUUUUUAUUUUUGUACAAAGAAAAACAAAAAAAAAAAUUUAUUUGUGUGUUUGCUUCUGAGAAAUAAUGGAAUUUUUUUUGGAAUU